CUAAUUGCCUCACCUCUUAUUACUUGGUAAUUUACUUCCCUAUUUAGUACUACUUCGGAGUCUCACACAGUACCCGAUAUCCAGAGAGAGAAGAAUGUUUUCAAGAUCAAUGCUUCAAAUACUUUCUGGGUUUCUUCAUAGUUGUCUCCCUUCCUGGGGCACGGCAGCUUGAGCCUCAAUCUGUUUCAUCAGAAGUGAUAGAGAGGUCUUUUCUUUGUUCUUAAUUUUCUGAUUAGUCUUGAAGGAACUGAAACAUGGAUGGAUCGGACGAAAACAAAAACCCUGUUGUUACUAAACAAUUAAACUCUCAAGGUGGGUUGAGAAUGGGCGGCGUCAGGUUUCCACAGCAUAAGAUUAACAACAACCGAAGGGCUCUGAGCAACAUAAACCAGAAUAUUUUGGGAGCUAAGAACUGCCCUUAUGUGGUCAACAAAAGAGGAUUCUCAGAGAAGGUUUCUGGACAAUUGAGGAGCAACCAGCAGUCCUUUUUCCCUAAAGAGGAAAAUGAGGAACCAAAACCGACAACAUUGAAUCCCAAGGGGACCGGAGAUUGUGCCGCUACUGGUAUGGAGGAGUGUGAGUUAGCUAGCGAUGAACUGAUCCCAAUGUUCGUGAAGCACACAGAAGCCAUGAUGGAUGAAAUUGAUCAGCUGGUGGAGGUCGAAAUGGAAGACGUUGAGGAGGACCAUGUUCUGGAUAUCGACAGCAGUGAUGUAAAGGAUCCGCUUGCAGUUGUUGAGUAUAUUGAAAGCAUUCAUGCUCACUACAGAGGAACUGAGGAUUCUGGUCGUGUCUCACCAAAUUAUAUGAUGCGUCAGUUUGAUAUAAACGAGAAGAUGAGGGCCAUCCUUAUUCAUUGGCUUAUUGAGGUGCAUUACAAGUUUAAACUCAUGGAGGAGACGUUGUUCCUCACUGUCAACCUUAUCGACAGGUUUUUAGAGUGCGAAACUGUGGUCCGAAAGAAGCUUCAGUUAGUUGGAGUGACAGCCUUGUUGUUAGCAUGCAAGUAUGAGGAGAUAUCUGUUCCUCUUGUGGAUGACCUAAUUUUCAUAUCAGAUCAGAGUUAUACAAGGAAGGAGAUUCUGCAGAUGGAGAAGGAAAUGGUGAAUGCACUGCAAUUCAACAUGUCUGUUCCAACACCUUACGUAUUUAUGAGGAGAUUUCUCAAGGCUGCUCAAGCCGAUAACAAGCUUGAGGCUCUGUCUUUCUUCAUCAUUGAGCUAGCCCUGGUUGAGUAUGAGAUGCUCAAGUUUCCACCCUCUAUGCUGGCGGCAGCCGCCAUUUUCACUGCUCAGUGUAGUCUUCACAGGUCUAAGCAGUGGACUAAAGCCACUGAGUGGCACACCACCUACACAGAAGACCAGCUUAUGGACUGCUCAAGAUUGAUGGUUACUUACCAUCAGAAAGCUGGAACACUGAAUGGUGUAUACAAGAAGUAUAGUUCGCGCAAGUUUGGGUGCGUGACAAACUUUGAACCGGCUCAAUUCCUCUUGAAUCUUUCGGUGUAAAGCCUCAAAAUCUGAAGGUAGAUUUACUGAAUGACUACGCAGGCAACUGAGCAACUCAAGUUGCCGCCAGCAAAUGAAGCUUUGAGUCUUGUAUCCCUACAAUCUUGGUGGGUUGCUUUGGUGUCAGAGUCUAUCCCUACAAACUUGUUGUGACAAGAAAGGAUUCGUCUUGUUUGUUUGUUUGUUUGUUUUUUACAAGGUUCUUGUGUCUUGUUUAAUUAUGUACUAGUAAUAUAUAAGGUUCUUGCGUCUUGUUUAGUUAUGUACUAGUAGUAUAUAAGGUUCUUGCGUCUUGUUUAGUUAUGUAUUAGUAGUAUAUAAAUGCCAUCUUACUUGUCACGGAGUGGCAACUCG